AUGACUAAUGCUGGGUUUUCAGCCAAUCACAUUGCCUUUAUGGCCGCCAUCCUUGAUAGUACGGAGCCCAAACACUUCAAGGAUGAUGUUCUUAUUAAAGAAUGGUGUGAUUCUAUGACUAAAGAAAUUGAGGCCUUUGAAGCCAACCAUACACGUGAUAUUACUGAUUUGCCACAUGGAAAGAAGGUCAUUAAUAGCAAAUGGGUUUACAAGCUGAAAUGCAAUUCUGAUGUUUGUUCUCUUCUCGCUGUUGCUGCCGCCAAAGACUGGGAGGUUCACCAAAUGAAUGUUCAUAAUGCUUUCCUUCAUGGUAAUUAUGAGGAAGAAGUGUACAUGAAACUACCACAAGGUUUUCAAUGUUCGGAUCCUACCAAAUAUGCAUUAGAUAUCAUUAAUGAGGUGGGUCUGCUUGGUUGUCAACCUUCCGUUGUCCCCAUUGAACUCAUUCACAACCUUGCUACUAUCAAAGGUCCGGUGUACGCUAAUCCUGAGAAAUAUCGCCGACUUGUUGGCCGACUUAUCUACCUGACCAUCACCCGACCUUCACAUUCUAUCUCAAUUUAUGAAGACUCCACGGGUCGCACAUUGGGAAGUAGCUCUGCGUCUCGUCCGUUAUCUCAAGGGGUCUCCUGCACAAGGCCUUCUAUUUUGAUAUGA